CUCUGCGGCUGCGUCAGGAGGAGGUAGUUUCAGGAGAGCUCGUCAGGUUGCGAAAGGGUUAGGUUAAACAACGCUUUUAACAUUGUACUUUUUCGUCAGAAAUAUUGCUUUCAGUCUGAUAUACAGCCAUGAAUCCCGAUAUUAUGAAGGAGCGGCAAACCGCCACUUUUGACGUUGAGAAACUGACCUACAUUUUGGACGGGGGCCCAGAAAAGACCAAGAGAAGACGAGAAAUUGAGUCACUGGUUCUCAGCGACCCAGACUUUAAGGAGGAGGACCCGAACUUCCUGUCCCGCAGUGAGCGCUAUGACCAGGCUGUUCGAAAAAGUGCCCAAAUGAUUCUGAAGCUCAGAGAGUAUGGCAUUGCAGACCCAGAGGAGAUCUACUGCUAUAAGAGUAUGGCUAAAGGAAACCUCCAUGAGGCUAUGGGGCUACACUUUGCGAUGUUCACCCCGACCUUGUACAGCCAGUGUGACCAUCAGCAGGCCAGGAAAUGGUUACCUCUGGCAGACUCCUUCCAGAUCGUUGGCACAUAUGCCCAAACUGAGCUGGGUCACGGCACACACCUCAGAGGGCUGGAGACCACCGCCACAUAUGAUCCAGCCACGCAGGAGUUUGUCUUGAACAGUCCCACAGUCAGCUCCAUCAAAUGGUGGCCUGGAGGACUUGGAAAGACCUCAAACCAUGCCAUAGUCCUAGCCCAGCUUUAUACUCUGGGAAAGUGCCACGGACUGCAUGCUUUCAUCGUGCCCAUACGUGACAUGAGCACACAUAAACCCCUUCCAGGUAUUGUGGUUGGAGAUAUUGGCCCCAAGUUUGGUUUUAAUGAAGUUGACAAUGGCUUCCUGAAACUUGAGAACGUCCGAAUCCCACGGGAGAACAUGCUGAUGAAAUACGCUAAGGUGGAGCCAGAUGGAACUUAUGUGAAGCCACCAAGUUCCAAACUGACCUACGGCACCAUGGUGUUCAUCCGCUCCAUGAUUGUUGGCGAGUCAGCUCGGGCCCUCUCCAAGUCCUGCACUAUCGCCAUCCGUUACAGUGCUGUUCGCCACCAGUCUGAAAUCCGGCCAGGAGAGCCAGAGCCCCAGAUCCUUGACUACCAGACGCAGCAGUACAAGCUGUUCCCUCUGCUGGCUAUGGCCUAUGCUUUCACUUUUGUCGGCCAGUAUAUGAAGGAGACCUACCACCGCAUCACUGGGGACAUCAACCAGGGGGACUUCAGUGAGCUGCCUGAGCUCCAUGCUCUUUCUGCGGGUCUGAAGGCCUUCACCACGUGGGCAACCAACACUGCUAUUGAGGUGUGCCGCAUGUCUUGUGGCGGCCACGGCUACUCUCGCAGCAGCGCCUUGCCUGACAUUUACGUUGAAUUCACACCCACCUGCACAUACGAGGGAGAGAACACAGUCAUGAUGCUGCAGACCGCGAGAUACCUGGUGAAGAGCUACCGGCAGGCUAAGAACGGACAGCAGCUGAGCGGCAUUGUGUCGUACCUGAAUGAAGCAGAGCAUCGGAGGGUGCAGCCCCAACCCGUCGCUGCCAGACCAACUGUAGUCGACAUCAAUGACCUGGCUAGCCUGGUGGAGGUCUACAAACUACGAGCUGCCAUCCUUGUAGAGCUGGCUGCUAAGAGCAUCCAGCAGGAGCUGCAGCGCAGAAAGAGCCAGGAGGACGCCUGGAACAACAGUGCCAUCGACCUGGUCAGAGCCUCAGAUGCCCACUGUCACUAUGUUGUGGUGAAGCUCUUUACUGACAAGCUGGGGCAGGUUGGUGACACAGCUAUACACUCAGUGCUGUCAACCCUGGCUCUGCUCUACGCCCUGCACGGCAUCACACUAAACUCUGGAGACUUCCUACAGGCUGACUUGCUGAGUGUGCCCCAGGUGCUGCAGAUUUCUGUUCGUAUCAAAGAGCUGCUGUCUCAGCUCAGGCCCAACGCUGUGGCGCUGGUAGAUGCUUUUGACAUUCAUGACAAGAAGAUGAAUUCAGUCCUGGGACGAUAUGAUGGAAACGUCUACGAGCACAUGUUUGAAUGGGCUCGCCGCUCACCCUUGAACUCCACAGAGGUCCACGAAUCCUUCGACAAGUACCUGAAGCCCCUGCGGUCCAAACUGUGAGCUGACCCUUGCACCUUAAUUCUUGGCUCUGACCCUUCAACUCUGCGUAUAUAGGCACAAUCAUAACAGCACUAACCCAUCAUAUCAACCCCAUGAUCGCCAUCAGCCGGUGUUUACCAGUCUGAAGGAAUCUUGCCUUUCCUUCUCUUUUUCUUUGUGGUGAAUCAGCCUCUCUGAAGGCCAUUGUAUACUGAAAGGUCUUGGAGCAAUGUAGACAGCAAGCUUGUCCUGGGGGAAAUAACAGUGGAUUACAAAAAACGGUGUAAAAUCAAGGGUGGAUAACCACAAACAAUCCUGAAGAUUUUUGGAAGCUGAAGUGGAAUGAAAACAAAACCAUGAAUUAAAGUUAUAUAUAAAAACCUCUGUUGAAGUCAAUAUUUUGCGCCCAAAAAGCUAGCUUUAAUUCCUUCACACUUUUAUGUUUCCAUGUUAUCUGUAGAGAAAUUCACUUCGUAAAGUUUGAGUAUUUCAUGUCGCCUCAUCUUUUCUUCACAUUCUGCUGCACGCCUGAUGGCUCCUCUGUGUGAGCCACUCAAGAUGGAUUUGCCAUCUCUCUUUUUUUUUUUUUCCUAACAAGACCAGAAUGAUAUUAUGAAUGUUACAUAAUGUUAGAGUGAACAAACCAACAGCUAAAUCAGCUUUGGUUAUUUCCCCCGUCUACAAGGACCAGUGUGCUAUUAAAAAGGCAUUGUGCUGUUUGUCAUACUCACUGUUAAAGAGGCAUUCAUUUGUCCGUGACUUUUAUCAAUGGCUGUAGGCAUCAGUGAGAAAUUUUAGAAUGUUGAGUUUUUCUUCUUCACAAGUCUGUGGCAACCGCCUGAUUUAUUAUGGUGUAAUACGACUGACUUACACGACACCUGUGCUGUAGUUUGCACUGGAUAAACAGCCUAGCAGGUUAGAGCAGAGGCCUAGGAGAAACUGUGAUUAUACCAUUUUGACUUCAAAACUGCUUUUAAGAAUAUUGGCUACAGUCAGUCUCAGUGGUCUCCCAGGUUUUUACAAGAUGGAAAACACCUAAGUUAUCCCAGUUGUUGUAUUUCAAUUGCAAAGUUAAAAUAAUCUGCCUUUAUUCUCAGUGCCACCAUCUGUCACGUCUUGCUGUAUAUUGAAUAAUGGUGUCAUACUUGACUUGUCUCAGAUACUGGUGUGUAUAUGCUGGUUAUAUGCUGAACUGUGCUUCAGUAAUAGAAGCUCAGCUUAAUGGAGUGCUGAGAAGCCGAUCAAGAGACUCUGUAUGUGAUUCGGGGGCUUUCCAAUACGUAAGGGAGAAUAAAUUCAGCACUUUUGGGCGUUGUGUUCUAAAUUCCUCAAUUUCUGUCCAUGUGCAUGUGUCCACAUGCUUUUUGAAUGUUUGUGUGACAGAAUUCUUUUGGCAGAUAAUCGUGCACUGUGAAGGAUGUGUGUGUGUAAAAAGCACCUGUGAAGACAGAUAGGAUGAAUUUUUGACAUUUAUAGAGUGUUUAAUGAGGCACUUUAUAUGUGUGUUAGUAUUCUCCCCUCCCUGCUAUGUGGGGUUGGUACAAAGAAGGGUCACACCCCAGCCAACAUCUGGAUAAAUUCUUUUUUUUUUUUAAAUUUUAGUUUUCAAUCAACUACAAACUUUCAGUGAAUCUGUAGUUAAUAGGCUUUAAUGUUUAAAUCCUACUGGCUGAAUUAUUCAUGGUCAAAAACGAUUGAAAUAUGAGUAAACUGGAUAACUUAAUGCUUCUUUAUUUUUGUUAUUACAGUUUCGUAAUUGGUAGAUUUGUGCUUUUUAGAUUUGUGGUUUAUGUCAACCUGCAGUAGUUUGUUUUUCUCUGAGCAGUCAAAUCUAAAAGGUAGAUACUGAGGCUGGUGAAUAAAAGUAGCUAAAGAACUACACAAAUAAACUUUUAUGAGAUUGACUGUAAAGACUGAUGAAAAGGGGGCAUUUUAAUCGAAAGCCUCACCAUCAACUGUAAAGGUGAUUUGUGGGAUAAUAAUGUGCCUGAGGAAGUUGUCUUUCCUUAAUAACUAAUUGAGAAUGUUCUCAUAAAGUUCAUACCAUUUCAUUUCUCUUUUUACACAGACUUUUAAUCAGUUGAUUUCUGCUGCAAGGGCACAGUUAUCAAUAUGUAAUGACUAAGCUGUUUUUGAAGCACAUUUAUGUGAUGAUUUGUCAACGUGUUUUACUGAAUAACAAUAAUUUUAAACAAUAUGAUAAUGGUUGGUGAAUAAUUUGACUUGUAAGUUAUAUUAAUAAAAAAUAAAAUAAUCAGUUGUGUUGAUCUGUCUUGAUGCUGUCGUUAACCAGCUUGAAUUGAUUUUCAGACACAAUAAAGAAGCAACACUGCUAAAGGUCCAGUAUUAAGAACAUGCAUUACCACUUUGAUGAGAAAUGUACUGGAGGAAAUGUACAUACUCAUAUAAGUAAAAAAAAAAAAUUAAGGAAAAAAGGUCAA